AUGGAAGGCACAAAUACACAAGCAGACACGUUGGCCGAAAGUCUCAUCCAUCUGGAGAAUGUCCUUCAAAGUGUGAAAUACCACCUUCCAUGGUUUUACGAUCCCAUUUCUACAACGCCGAUAAAAAAGGCUGUACAAAAGUUAAUUGACAGUCUACCUGCUGCCGUGGUUGCCACAGCCGUGCCUUCCGAGGAUCAGAGGAGGAUCGAUGGUAUAGUUGAGAAGUAUCUGAAAAUGGAGGGGGACGGUGGUAUCGCCGAGGUUAAGAGGCAACCAAUGAAAUACACAGCAAUUCAGAGUUGUGUGCAACCCAAAAUUUUAAAAACUGGGCAGGUUAUUGUAAAACCAGCUAAAGGAACCAGUUAUGUAGACAGCAGUCAGGACAAUGUCAACGGCCACAUCACUCAAAUGCAAAUAGCAAAUUCAGAAAAGGCACUACAGAAAUCUCUUCGACUUAUUGAGGCUAUUAGGAAAGCUAUGGUUGGCUCAAGUUGCACAGUAAAGACCCCAGGAACAACAGAAGAAGUUUCUCUAAUGGUCAAACAACUAAGGGAGAACUGUACGUCACUUGCGAAGUGGAUUUCACAGCUGAAUAAUCGCCGACAGGUCGCCCGGAUACUUACUAAACUUCGCCACCGAGGAACAGUUCGAACGCUUCUAGGCAGAAUCGAAGACGAGAAGGGGAAAAAGGAAAUUUGGAGGUUUUAG